AUGUUCGCUUUCACUUCUAUAAUAAGAAAGCAGAUUGUCGCACCAGCUGCGGUUAACCUUUUCAGAGCUACUCCAACGGUGGCUGCUCCACUUUCGGGUGCCGCCCCAGCUUCUCUCGGUUUCUAUAGAGGCUUCAAGGUCAGAACCUCCGUCAAGAAGUUCUGCAAGGACUGCUACAUGGUCAGAAGAAGAGGAAGAGUGUAUGUCUACUGCAAGUCAAAUGGCAAGCACAAGCAGAGACAAGGAUAG